GAGAGGUGUGAGGGUGUUGUCUUCCUCCUGACUCCCUCCCCUCAUCCCAGAGAGAGCGCACACAGGCGGGCGCUGAGCUCAUGCUGACCCCGGCCCCCCCACCUCACACGCACACACGUCCAGAUGCACGCGUAACGACCCCUCCAAGCAGGGGGGCUUUCUCUGACCCCGCCACAUCCACAUCGUCCGCGGGAAUCCUGCCGUGCUCUGCUGCAGGAGGAGAGGGAGAGAGAAAGGGAGACACAGACACAGAGUCUGAGUAGGAGUGCAGCGGACUGGAGCUAGCGACAGAGAGAGAUACACAGUGGGGGAGUCAGACCUCGCCGGCUCCUUGAUUCGGAGCGCCGUGCUCGUGCAUCCCGACGCUCUGGGUCAGUGCUGAUCGGAGCGCCGACGCCAGAGAGCGAGUGAAAGGAUGGAAGGUGCCGAGAGCACGAGGAUGAGGAGCUGAAGGAGGAACACCGCACUCCCGUCUCCAUCCGCUCACAGCAACGCGCAGGGCACGCACUCUCUCUCUCUCUCUCUCUCUCUCUCUCUCUCUCUCUCUCUCUCUCUCUCUCUCUCUCUCUCUCUCUCUCUCUCUCUCUCUCCCCUGAUCUGUCUGCUCUGAGGAUGCUCUGUUAAGCCCCAGCUGACAGCUCAGUGGUUUGGCGUGAUAUCCUGCAGCAGCUGCUUCCUAGAUCACCCCGUGGCUGGAAAUAUCGCUCCCCGUUCCCAGACGUCUGAAAUUCAGAAAAAUGACAACAUAUGUGAAGAAAGCACUUGGAUGUUUUCCACUUUAAGGAUGAACAAAAUUUUUGGAUUGGCACGAUUGCUUCUACGGGCAGCUUUUCUCUAGACCUUUUCAUUUCCAUCCCUCAGGGUUGACUUUCAAAAUUCUCAUGUGCUUUUUGCCUGCUCGUUGUUGAUAACCACUGGAUUUGAAACCAGUUCUGCUUCACUUCAUUUGGAGUGGUGAGAACACGAUGAAAUAUUGCUCUCCAUGGUUUCCGCCCGUCUAAAGAAGCUAUCGUCUUACAUUUCUAGGAUUUGCAAAGGAAUGUUUACAAAGAAACUGGCAAAUCCCACUAAGAAGAAAGAGAGUAGCGAAAACAAAAAAGACCGUAACUCGUCCACCGACCUGCACGCUCGGAAUACCAACACGAAUCUUUCCACCAGCCUGAAAAGCACAGUUAAGAAGAUAUCUAGAUGCUCAUCGGCACGCAACUUAUCUCUUGAUGAAGACGACAGUAAAAACAACAGCUCUUCUCUUUCUCCCACGUUCAGUUACCGUGUUGCAAUUGCUAAUGGACUCCAAAAGAACGCUCUCCCAUUGAACAAUAAUGAAUUUCACGAAAUAUUAUCUAUUAAUAGUACUUACUCUGACUCUCUAAACGAGGCGAAACUUGUCCAUAGGUUCGAUGAACAAAAAGCUUACACCAUGCCAGUGAGAAGGAACAGAAAGAGUAUGAUUAGUUUGGCGCCCUCUGAUGGCAGUUCAGAGGGUGAGCGAGGAGAACGCACCAGUCUGCACACGCUCAGACUAGGUGCCCUGAAAAAGCUGAGGAAAUGGAAGAAGAGCCAGGAAUGUGUCUCUUCGGAUUCAGAGGCCAGCAACUGGAGGAAGACUCUGGGCAUCCGGAGCAAGUCUCUGGAUCGAGCUGCACGGCAACAGAAAACCCUGGAGCCAGGAUCCAGCUCCACAGGUUGUAUUAGUCAGACCCAGGAUGUCAUGGAGAUGAUCUUUAAAGAGCUUCAGGGAAUCAGCCAGAUUGAGUCAGAGCUUUCAGAGCUGAGGGGGCAUGUUAAUGCUCUCAAAAGCUCUAUCGAUGAGAUCUCCAGCAGUGUGGAGGUGGUGCAGAGUGAAAUUGAGCAGCUUCGCUCUGGAUUUGUGCAGUCCAGGAGAGAGACUCGAGAUAUCCAUGACUACAUUAGACAGAUUAGCCACCAGACCAACAAAGCUACUUUGAGAUUCCUGCAUGUGCCUGAGGAGAAGUUUGAGAGAACAGAGGAACUCAUUUAUCAGAUUUUGAAAGAGAAAAUGGGUUUUGUUGAAGCACAGAAGACACUUAAAAUUGAACUUGCCUAUCGGUUAGGGCAGCAGAGAGAAUGUCUAAAUGCUAAACCUCGCCCUAUCCUAGUUAUUUUUUCAACUCCCCAAGACAGGGAUUUAGUUUUGAAAAAAUGUUAUAAGCUUAAAGGCACUGGAAUAUCCAUUUCGACCGACAGUCUUGCACAUGAGUCCAAAGACAAAAAGGAUAAGGGAAUGAGCUCUUCCCAGACAUAUGAAAGCAUGGACAUUAAAGCUGCCUCCAAAGACAAGGCAGAGAGUGAGGACUGGGACUCAAUGGAUAGCGAUAAAGAGCUGGAUGAGUUAAACAAAAACAAAUAUGCAAUUGUCUCCAAACCACCUCAGAAAAUGAAGUCAGACAAAAAAAAGGCCCACGAUCACAGGCGGUCUGCAGAUGACACUGCGUACUCUGUGCAUUACGCUGACGAUGUUGCUUAUGAUGACAAGCAAAACAAAUCUUACUAUUCUGAUAUAACUCCUGGAUGGCUCUCCCAGAGUGACUACUCCACACCCAAACUCAGUCGCUCCGAAUCGGACUGCUCCAAACUGUGCCAGUCGUACUCUGAGGACUUCUCUGAGAGCCAGUACUUCAGCAGAGUCAACGGAUGUUCCCUGCUCUCUUCUUCAGAUCAGGAGCUCUGGCAACGCAAACAGGAAGACAUGGCUUCUUCCUGGUAUGCAAGUCCACCCAGUCAAAUCUUCAGUCAGGACAACCCUCCAUACGUGGAACACAAUGAAGUUGAAACCACAGAGACCAUUGACAGUGGUGUCAGUAACGGUGUGGUAUGUAUAUCAGGGGACAGAAGUCACUAUAGUGGAUCUCAGCUCUCUCUGCAAGGUGACCUCUCACCUUGGAAAGACUGGCAUCACCUUGAACAAGGUGCUGACUCAGGCUUAGAUGCCUCAACUGAACAAAAUUUAGUUUCAGAGAUCAGUAGCCCAUUUGACCCUGCUGCUAACCCUGGUUUCCCUGAAAAAAUUACAAAAUGCCUUGAGGUGGAUUUGCAGUUUGAGGGUGAGACCUUCCUGACAUUUGACAGCACACCUGAGACAACCCAAGAAGUUGACAUGGAGGCUGAAUCUCUCCUUGAACCUGAGUUAAAACCUCAGCCUGAACCCAAAGAAGAACCCCAACCACCACCUGAACCUGAGCUAGAACCUGAAACAGAACCUGUAAUUGAAGCUGUGAUAGAACCCAUACUUGUACCAUCACCUGUGCUAUCACCUGUGCCAGAGCCUAAACCAGAAAAGAAACCAAAGACAAAGUCUAAAGGCCACAUCAAACCAGAGUCAGCCCCACAGACGUUGCAACGACAUGAGGUCAAGGGAAAUCACUUUCAGCAAAACCAGAAGUCUUCUGCUAUGUACCGCAGCCAGAGUGAGAUCAGAACCGAAAAGGUGGAAGAGGUCCCAAAAUCGUGGAGCAGCAGGCUGAGCAUAGACCUGUCUGAGAAAACCUUCAGCUUUGGAGGUUUCGGGUCUACCUUGCAAAGAGCCAAAUCGGCUUUAGAAGUUGUCUGGAAUAAAGGCUCCCAAAGCACCAGUGCCCCUGCUGAAGAGCCUAGCACGUCCUCUUUCAUGGGCCGUUUCAGAUCCAUGUCCCAGUCAACAGCCAAUGAUUCCAGCACCACCAUUGACUCUGACGUCUACACGGAACCAUUCUACUACAAAGCGGAUGAAGAGGAAAAAGUUAAUGAGCAACCUGUGGACAGUGAGACACAUUAUGUUGAAGUGAUGGAGCAAGUGCUGGCCAAUCUGGAGAACAGAACUAACGCCAAUGAGGUAGAGGAACAGUACCAAGACGAAGACUAUGAAGUCUGUCAAGAAUAUGACAUUUCGCAAGAAGGGAACCUGGUUUUGGAAUACGACUGCAGCCUUGAUGAGCAGUAUGACGAAGAAUACAGUGACGACAACCAGAUGAUGGAGGACACAGUGGAGUAUGAGGCCGUGGUCGAGUACAUUGAUGAAAUCGUUGAACCAGCAGAAGACGUGGAAGAAGAUGUGGAGGCAGAGUCACAGGACAGUGCACAGACCCAAGCAGCAGAUGAGCAGAAAGAGACUACGCCUCAGGAAGAUGAGAACAGAAACGUCACCGAAACUCCCGUAGCAGUGGACCAGCCGGCCCCCAAGAGGAGAAUUCGGCCCACCUUUAAAGAGGCGGCCCUAAGGGCAUACAGGAAGCAGAUGGCUGAACUGGAGCAGCAGAUUCUUGCUGGAGACAGCACAGCUUUGGAGGCACAGGGUCGUGGAAGCAUCCUGGACCCAGCCAAACUAGGGCUAAGUGGAGGAGGGGCUGGCAGCAUUCUUUAUGGCAUUGACAGCAUGCCAGAUUUACGACGCAAGAGGACAGUGCCUAUUGUGCGAGAUCUGGCUUUGACUUUGGCUGCUCGAAAGGCAGGCAUUUCAUUUGCACUUGUGACCAGAUCCACCCUGAACAACGAGGAUCUCAAACUGCAAGUUCUCCGUAAGACUCUGCAGGCUCUGAUCUACCCCAUCUCCUCCACCACGCCGCAUAAUUUCGAGGUGUGGACGGCGACCGCGCCCACCUACUGUCACGAGUGUGAGGGUCUGCUGUGGGGCAUCGCCCGGCAGGGCAUGCGCUGCUCCGAGUGUGGCGUCAAAUGCCACGAGAAGUGCCAGGACCUGCUGAAUGCCGACUGCCUUCAGCGUGCAGUGGAGAAGAGUUCUAAGCAUGGUGCCGAGGACAAGACCCAAAACAUUAUCAUGGCCAUGAAAGAGCGGAUGAAGAUCCGUGAGAAGAACCGCCCUGAAGUGUUCGAGGUUAUCCAGGACAUGUUCCAGCUCUCCAAGGAUGACUUCUCCACCCACCUGAAGAGUGCCAAGCAAGCCGUGCUGGAGGGCACGUCAAAGUGGUCUGCCAAGAUCGCCAUCACAGUCCUGUGUGCCCAGGGUCUGCAGGCCAAAGACAAGACAGGCUCCAGCGACCCCUACGUCACUGUGCAGGUGGGCAAGACCAAGCGCAGAACCAAAACCAUCUUCGGCAACCUCAACCCCGUCUGGGACGAGAAGUUCUUGUUUGAAUGCCAUAAUGCCACGGACCGCAUUAAAGUGCGUGUGUGGGAUGAGGACGAUGACAUCAAGUCCCGCGUCAAACAACACUUCAAGAAGGAGUCUGAUGACUUCUUGGGUCAAACCAUUAUCGAGGUCCGCAUGCUGAGUGGUGAGAUGGACGUUUGGUAUAACCUCGAGAAAAGAACAGAUAAGUCUAUGGUAUCUGGGGCCAUCCGACUGAAGAUCAGUGUGGAGAUGAAAGGAGAGGAGAAGGUUGCUCCACCACAUGGGCAGUACACAUGUUUACAUGAGAACCUGUUCCACUACCUAACCGAGAUAAAGAACAACGGUGCAGUGAAGAUCCCUGAGGUCAAAGGUGACGAGGCAUGGAAGGUUUACUUCGAUGACGUGUCUCAGGAGAUUGUGGAUGAAUUUGCUAUGCGCUUCGGAGUGGAGUCCAUCUACCAGGCCAUGACACACUUCUCCUGCCUGUCCUCCAAGUACAUGUGCCCUGGCGUUCCUGCUGUGAUGAGCAACCUGCUGGCCAACAUUAACGCCUACUUUGCCCACACCACCACGGCCACCACAAACAUCUCCGCCUCCGACAGAUUUGCUGCGUCAAACUUUGGGAGAGAGAAGUUUGUGAAACUCCUGGAUCAAUUGCAUAACUCUCUGAGGAUUGAUUUGUCCAAGUAUCGGGACAAUUUUCCUGCUGGAAACCCAGAGCGACUUCAGGACCUCAAAUCUACAGUGGACCUGCUGACCAGUAUCACCUUCUUCAGGAUGAAGGUACAGGAACUGCAGAGUCCCCCAAGGGCCGGCAUGGUGGUGAAGGACUGCGUGAGAGCCUGCCUGGACUCCACAUACAGAUACAUCUUUGACAACUGCCAUGAGCUCUACAACCAGCUGCUGGACCAGACCAAAAAGCAGGACCUUCCUCGUGAAGACCAGGGUCCCUCCAUAAAGAAUCUAGAUUUCUGGCCCAAACUCAUCACUCUGAUGGUAUCUGUUAUUGAUGAGGACCGGACAGCCUACUCUCCCAUUGUCAACCAGUUCCCCCAAGAACUGAACAUGGGAAAGAUGAGUGCAGAAAUCAUGUGGAACCUGUUUGCCAUGGACAUGAAGUACGCCAUGGAGGAGCACGAGAAGCAUCGCCUGUGUAAGAGCACCGAGUACAUGAACCUGCACUUCAAAGUUAAAUGGUUCUACAAUGAAUACGUGAGAGACCUGCCCGCCUUCAAGGGGAUUCCACCAGAAUAUUCUCUGUGGUUUGAGCCCUUCGUCAUUCAGUGGUUGGAUGAAAACGAAGAUGUCGCCAUGGAUUUCCUCAAUGGUGCUCUGGAGAGGGACAAGAAAGAUGGGUUCCAGCAGACGUCGGAGCAUGCCCUUUUCUCGUGCUCCGUGGUGGACGUGUUCACACAGCUAAACCAGACCUUCGAGAUCAUCAGGAAGCUGGAGUGCCCCAACCCACAAGCCCUCGCACACUUCAUGUGCAGGUUUGCUAAGACCAUCAACAAUGUCCUGCUGCAGUAUGCUGCCAUCAUCUCCAAAGACUUCAGCAACCACCUGAACAAGGAGAAGGUGCCCUGCAUCCUCCUGAACAACAUCCAGCAGCUUCGGGUUCAGCUAGAGAAGAUGUUUGAGUCGAUGGGAGGGAAGCAGCUGGAUGCUGAAACUAGUGACCUCCUGAAGGAGCUCCAGAACAAACUCAACACAGUUCUGGAUGAGCUGAGCAGUGUUUUUGGGUCCAGCUUCAAGCCCGUCAUCGAGGACUGCGUGAAGCAGAUGAACCAGGAGCUCAUGCACAUGAAGGGAAACGGCGGAAACCAAAGCAACGCAGCCAUGGAUGCUGAGACUGUCCUCCGCCCUCUCAUGGACCUGCUGGACAAGAAUUUGAUCCUGUUUGCCAAGAUCUGUGAGAAGACGGUUCUGAAGCGCGUUCUGAAGGAGCUGUGGAAAAUUGUGCUCAACACCAUUGAGCGUCAGAUUGUCCUGCCUCCACUAACAGACCAGACGCAAGGAGCUCAGAUGAUCUUCAGUGCUGCAAAAGACCUAGGCCAGCUCUCCAAGCUGAAGGAACACGUGAUUCGGGAGGAGGCUCGAAGCCUGACACCACGCCAGUGUGCAGCGAUGGAUCUAGUGCUUCCCACCAUCAAGCAAUAUUUCCACGCGGGUGGCAAUGGACUGAAAAAGACGUUCCUGGAGAAGAGCCCCGAUCUGAAGUCCCUGAAGUAUGCCCUCAGCCUUUACACCCAACCCACAGAUGCCUUGAUCAAGAAAUACAUUUGCACCCAAACCUCUCAAGGUCAGUCGACGUCUGGCUCUGUGGGGGAGGUGGUGAUACAGGUGGAUCUCAUCUCACACCCAGGCACAGGGGAACACAAAAUCAGUGUGAAAGUGGUCGGCGUGAAUAACAUCAACUGGCAAACAAACGCCAUGUUCCGGCCUUUUGUGGAGAUUAAUGCCAUUGGGCCACACCUCGCUGACAAGAAACGAAAAUUCAGCACCAAAACCAAGAACAACAACUGGUCCCCCAAAUACAACGAAACAUUCCAGUACGUCCUGAGCAGCGACCACGGGCCGGAGUGCUACGAGCUGCACGUGUCCGUGAAGGACUACUGCUUCGCUCGCGAGGACCGCGUGGUGGGCGUGGCCGUGCUGCCGCUCCGCGAACUAGCCGACAAGGUGAGCGUGAGCGCCACCUACCCGCUCGUGCGCAGCAUCGCCAUGGACGACACCGGCCUCACUAUCACGCGGAUACUCUCGCAAAGGACCAACGACGACGUGGCCAAAGAGUUUGUGCGUCUCAAGUCGGACACGCGCUCGGCCGAAGAGGUGUCGUAACGGGAAUAGAGAGGUAGGCUGAGGCGAACGCUGGCGCGAGGAGCAGGGGGACACGCGCAACGGGGAGGUGGCUGGGAGGAGAUAGCCGAUACAGCGCGAGACAGUCGUGUUGUUCGUUUCUGUGCAUGUGCGUAAAACAUCUGUUGGAAUGUUCAUUUUAAAACUAAAAGUAUGUACUAAAAAGUGUUUACCUACUGUAUGCUCACUAUUAAGUAAAUAUAUUCUACGGUUACGUUAAUGAGACGUUGAAUACAUUUUGUAUGACAAUUAGUCUUCUUGAGCAGGUAUUUGUUCAGAUAAAGUGCCAAACCCAAUAAGAAAAAAAAAAGAAGAAAAAGAAAAAUUCCUAACAAUUAUUGGUGAACUUAGUGACCUUUUAAAUUUGCUCGAUUCUUUUGUCUGUCUGUCUGUGCGCGUGUUUCAUUCUCUCUUAAAAUGUGUACCGUUUGUUUUUCAUUUUGGUCGUCUCUUUGUUUGCACAACUGUUUUAAUCCACCUCUCUCUUUCCUGCGUUCUCUCCCUUUUCUCUUUCUCUCUCUGAGUGUGGCGCCGAUGAUGCAUGUUGCGUUUCCAUGCUGUUUCUCCCAUGUUGUCAGUAAAGUGGUCCUAGGCCUUGCGCCGCUCCACUCCCAGACGGCGUCUUCUGUGCUGACUGUACAAAACAACAUUGGUUUCUUUUUUAAAUGGCGAUGACUGCUAUGUAAUUCUUCAUAGGUGUUUGUAAUUUUAUAGCCACCGGCAACAACGAGGCUCGCCUUCAGUGCUUACUAGAAAAGACAGAAUACGUGGAUUGGACUUUUUAACUGUUUUUGUUUGCUUGUUUUGACUGUUUAAUUUUCGGUUCGUUUUGGCCAGUAAGCUACCAGCCUUUCAGAAUGAUCACUGUGAACAUGCGGUUUGAAAGGCAAUCUCACACAUUACAAUUGCUGAGGGUCCGAUACUGUCCUUUCAUUUCGGACACUGCCAAAGUUACAUGAAAAAAAAAGUUUGUACAAUAGAAAUCCAUUACCUGUAUGAAGAUAAGUAUAUGCUAUGUACACGUGCUCUCUAUUUUUAGUUUGAUCAAUGUUGUGUCUGAUUGUGGAUGGAUUGAUUCAGAAAUGCUUAUUGGGGGAUUAUUUCUGUGAAGUUGUUUAUUUGGAUGUGAAAAGUUGUAAAUGUUUGGGUUUUCACCAUUUGUCAUUUUAUUUAUUUUUCUUUACAAAGGAAAGACUUUAACAUUUGGUAAUUAUGCAACAUUCCUAUGUAUUGCACUGAUGGCGAACUGUAUGUCAUGUAAAUAUAUUUAGUGAGAAAUUGUAA